AUGCUAUCGCAGAACGAGCUUGUGCUGCAGCAGGAGAUUGAGGAGAGGUCGAAGCAGCUGGAAGAGAUGCAGGAGUCGUUCAACGAGGCCUGCGGGAAGCUCGAGCACAAGGAGCAAGAGCUCAAGGUCACCAAGAACGAGCUGAGUGAGACCAAGACAAGUCUGAGUGAGACCAAGAACGAUCUCAAGGAAACUCGUGGCAAGUUGGAUGACACGACAUUCGUGCUGGAGACGCACAAGAAGACAGGAGAAGAGCUUUACGAGCAGGUGGAGCAUCAGAACAAGGAGCUGGCGACGUCGCAUCUCGUUGAGAUCAGAGACUAUGUUCAAUCAGCUUUCAAAGAGCUGGAAAGUUUCCAGGAUUUGCAGGCAAAGAAGUUCAAAGCUCUUCAGAAGAUCGUCGCGCAGUAUGUGGUCGAGAAGAACGAGGAGAUCGAAGCGAUCAAGAAGGACGUAUCAUCGCUACAGCAGACGACUGUCCUCUCCCUUGAGGAGCAGAUCAGAACCACGGAGACUACCGUAGAGACCUUCAAGGUUUCAGUUGACGCGGUCAACCUGCUUGCUGUGGAGCAGAAUGACGAGCAAGCCACCUUGAUUCGCCAGGCGAACUCUGACGCCUCCGAGGCGACCGCGAAGCUGGGAGAGGACCUGAGCAAGACCAAGUCUCAGAUCUCGGCGUGGGCUGAACAGACUUUAACUGCAAUCGAGUCCGAGGAGCAUGUUGUCAGCGAUUUCGUUUCUUCGCACCAUCAGAAGAUGUCGGACGUCAAGACCUUGAUCAACUCUUCCUCUCAGCACCACAUGCAGGCCAUCAAGAAGGAGCAAGACGCGCUUUCUGCCCUCGUCCAGCAUCAGGAGAGUUCGUUCAAGUCCAUGGCCGACACCAUCACCUCUCAAGUCAACCGCCUCGUGUCGGAGGCUCUCCAGCAGUACCACCAGCAGAUGUCACGGGAUGUCAACAAUGUUGUCGAUGGGCUGAAAUCGUCCGAGAAGAGCAUCGGAGAGUUUCAGACUUCCUUGACCUCUUCGCUCGAUGCUGUCGGCCAGCAGACUCAGGCGAUGGGAGGAUCCGUCAGCACUAUGCAGAAGCAGAUGAGAGACUUGACAUCCAGGAGCUGCCAGCAAGCCGAGCAGGAGAUUGUUUCUCACAGCAACGACCUCUCGUCCUGCAUGCAGAGCUUGCGCGAGCAAGAGGAGCGCUACGAGUCCAUCUGCAAAACGCAUCAAAGCUCGUUGUCCUCCAAAGUUACCGAGUUGGUACAAGAGAAGGAGGCGCACGCAGCUCAGGUCGUGGAUGCUCUCAACACAGACGUACAGGAUGUGAAGUCGUCUGUGGAUGGAAUCAUUUCCCAACUUGCGUCAUCCGACCAGAAGUCCAACAGCUGGGGUGAGUCCUUUUCCUCCAACGUGGCUCAGCAGGGCGACGAGCUUAGCCGCUUCUACCUGAGCGCGAAGUCUCGGCUGGAGAUGAUCGGAAGCAAGGAGCUGGAGCUGGUGCAGGACCUGCCUACCGGGCAAACUCCGAUGAAGAAGGAGCUCCGCAUCCCUUCCUCGCUCCCUGCCUUCCGCUCGGAUGACGAAGUUCUCGCGGAACUCCGGGGCUUCUCACUGAAGGAGGAUGCUGAUGAAGUGGAGGAGCAGGAGGCGCAAGAGCAGGAGGAGUUCCCUUCGGUGCUGUAG